AUGCAGCCCCCGGAGCCCCGGGGCCUCGAGGGGCUCCUGGCAGCCGGCGGCUUCGCAGGCGGCCAGGGCAGGGGGCUGCUGCCUCCUCCGCCCCCGGCCCUCGGCGGCCCUUCGCCUCCCCCCGGGGUGAACCCCGGCUACCCCGCGGAGGGGCCGCCCGAGCCCCCCAAGCCGUGCCCGGCCGCCCCGCCCGCCCCGCCGGGUCCCGCCGCCUCCGCGCCGCUGCCCUACGGAUACUUCGGCAGCGGGUACUACUCGUGCCGCGUGGCCCGCAGCGCCCUGAAGGCCGGCCCGGCCCAGGGGCCCUUCCCCGCCGACAAAUACCUGGAGCCCCCCGCGGGCAGCGAGGACUUCCAGAGCCGCCCCGCCGAGUUCGCCUUCUACCCCGGCUACGGGGCCCCGUACCAGCCCGUGGCCGGCUACCUGGACGUGUCGGUGGUGCCGGGGCUGGGCGGCCCCGGCGAGGCCCGGCACGAGACUCUGCUGCCCGUGGACGGGUAUCACCAGCCCUGGGCUCUGGGCGGCGGCUGGAGCGGCCAAAUGUGCUGCCCCAAGGAGCAGGGGCAGGCCGGGUACCUCCUGAAAUCCGCCUUCGCAGACUCCGCCGGGCAGUUGCCCCCCGACGGCUGCUCCUUCCGCCGGGGCCGCAAGAAGAGGGUCCCGUACAGCAAAGGGCAGCUGAAGGAGCUGGAGAAGGAGUACGCCAGCAGCAAGUUCAUCACCCGCGACAAGAGGAGGAAGAUCUCGGCCACCACCAACCUCACGGAGCGACAGAUCACCAUCUGGUUCCAGAACAGGCGCGUGAAGGAGAAAAAAGUCGUGGCCAAAAUCAAAAGCGGCACCGGGGGCGGCACCCCGUGAGGACGCGGCCACCGCCGAGCCCCCGAGGGGUCCCCGUCCA